CCCAGGAGGCUGCGAGUUCCCGCUGGCCCCAGCUGGGCUGUUUGUUCUCUGCCGGGCGCCGAGCCGGGGAGAAAAGCAGCAUUUUCCUCUCUGUUUUAAAUUUCUCAGCUCUGCCUGACUUUUCGUCUUUGCUGAGAAGCAGCAGAGUCACAAGAAGGAGCAAGAGGGAGGGGCCGAAGGGACGGCCGUGCGCGGAAGAGGAGGAGGAGAGCAUCGGAGGAAGGCAGGGGCCCCACGGCCAUCGCGGCCAGGACAGCCAGCCCGCAGUGAGCCUCGGCGGCGAGCGGAGCCCAGUGGAGAUGUCUUACGUGAGCUGCUUCUUGCGAGCGGCCACCCGAUGCCACCUGCCACCCCCUUGGAGAAGCCCCCGGCCCUUCAGCAGCGUGACGGGCCCCACGGCGAAGAAGAGCGUCCCGUACCAGAAGACACUGAAGGAGGAAGGCUCCGGGAGCAGGGAGCCCAGCCAGCCCCUGCCACCCUCAGCCGAGGUGGUGGUGGUUGGAGGGGGAAGCCUGGGCUGCCAGACCACCUACCACCUGGCCAAGCAGGGCGUCACCAGCGUCGUGCUGCUGGAGAGGGACCGCCUGACCUCGGGCACCACUUGGCACACGGCCGGUCUGCUGUGGCAGCUGCGUCCCAGCGACGUGGAGGUGGAGCUGCUGGCGCACACGCGGGACGUGGUCAGCCGGGAGCUGCCGGCGGAGACGGGGCUGCACACGGGCUGGGUGGAGAAUGGGGGGCUCUUCAUCGCCUCCAACAAGCAGCGCCUCGAUGAGUACAAGAGGCUCAUGUCGCUGGGGAAGGUGUACGGUGUGGAGUCCUACGUCCUGACCCCGGCACAGACCAAGGACCUGUACCCGCUGAUGAACAUCGACGACCUGUACGGCACGCUGUACGUCCCCAAGGACGGCACCAUGGACCCAGCUGGUACCUGCUCAACGCUUGCCAGAGCAGCAACUGCCAGAGGCGCUACGAUCAUCGAGAACUGCCCAGUCACCGGCAUCCAGGUCAGAGCUGACGAUUUUGGGGUGAAGAGGGUGUAUGCAGUGGAGACGGCUCACGGGACCAUCCAGACUCCCUGCGUGGUGAACUGCGCGGGUGUGUGGGCUCGAGCCCUGGGCCAGCUGGCUGGCGUGCACGUGCCGCUGGUGGCCAUGCAUCAUGCCUACGUGGUGACCGAGCGCAUCGAGGGCAUUCAGAACAUGCCGAACGUUCGCGAUCACGACGCCUCGGUGUAUCUCCGUCUCCAAGGCGAUGCCCUUUCCGUGGGUGGAUAUGAGUCAAACCCCAUCUUCUGGGAGGAGGUAUCUGAAAAAUUUGCUUUUGGUCUCUUUGAUCUGGACUGGGAUGUUUUCACGCAACACAUCGAAGGUGCCAUCAACAGAGUACCGGUGCUGGAGAAAACAGGCAUUAAAUCCACUGUUUGUGGACCAGAGUCAUUCACAGCCGACCACAAGCCACUCAUGGGGGAAGCCCCAGAAGUCCGAGGUUUCUUCCUUGGCUGUGGCUUCAACAGUGCUGGGAUGAUGCUGGGAGGCGGCUGCGGGAGGGAGCUGGCUCACUGGAUCAUCCACGGGCGGCCAGAGAAGGACAUGUACGGCUAUGACAUCAGGAGGUUUCACCACUCCCUCACUGACAACAACCGCUGGAUCCGGGAGCGGAGCCACGAGUCCUACGCCAAGAACUACUCCGUCGUCUUCCCCCAUGACGAGCCACUGGCGGGGCGCAAUGUGAGGAAGGACCCCCUGCACGAGGAGCUGCUGCGCCAGGGCUGUGUUUUCCAGGAGCGGCAUGGCUGGGAGAGGCCGGGCUGGUUCAGCCCUGGGGGGGCAGCCCCGGUCCUGGAUUACGACUACUACGGUGCGUACGGCCGUGAGCGCCACAGGGACUACACCUACAACCAGCUGCUGGGGAGCGAGUACACCUUUGACUUCCCCCCCCACCAUGACAUUAUCAAGAGUGAAUGCUUAACGUGCAGGAAUGCCCUGGCUCUCUUCGACAUGUCUUAUUUUGGGAAAUUCUACCUGGUUGGGCCUGAAGCAACAAAAGCAGCAAACUGGCUGUUUACUGCCGAUGUGAGCAAAGCACCAGGCUCGACCGUGUACACCUGCAUGCUGAACAAGCGGGGCGGCGUGGAGAGCGACCUGACCGUCAGCCGGAUCAGCCCCGGGGAGCCAGCCUCCCCCCUGGCCCCCGCCUUUGAAGGGGAUGGCUACUACCUGGCUAUCGGCGGGGCCGUGGCUCAGCACAACUGGUCGCACAUCACCACCGUGCUGCAGGACAUGAAGCUCCAGUGCAAACUCCUCGACUGCUCGGAGGAGCUGGGCAUGAUGAGCAUCCAGGGCCCCCUGAGCCGCGUCGUCCUCCAAGAAGUGCUCGACACCGACCUCAGCAACGAAGCUUUCCCCUUCUCCACCCACAAACUCACCACGGUCGCAGGAUGCACGGUCCGUGCCAUGAGGUUGUCGUUCGUUGGCGAGAUGGGCUGGGAGCUGCACGUGCCCAGGACGGACUGCGUGAAGGUUUACCAGGCGGUGAUGCAGGCGGGUGCCCGACACGGCAUUACCAACGCCGGCUACAGAGCCAUCGACAGCCUCAGCAUCGAGAAAGGGUACAGGCACUGGCACGCAGACCUGCGCCCCGACGACACCCCACUAGAAGCAGGCUUAGCUUUCACCUGCAAGCUCAAGUCCAGCAUCCCCUUCCUGGGCCGGGAGGCUGUGGAGGCUCAGAAAGCCAAGGGCAUCUUCCGCCGCCUCGUCUGCUUCACCACUGAGGAGAAGGUGCCCAUGUUCGGCCUGGAGGCGGUCUGGCGGGACGGCGAGGUGGUCGGCCACAUCCGUCGGGCAGACUUCGGAUUUGCCAUCGACAAAACCAUCGCCUACGGUUACAUCCGAGACCCCGCGGGGGGGCCGGUCUCACUGGAUUUUGUGAAGAGCGGCAGCUACCAGCUGGAGAGGAUGGGAGUGACCUACCCUGCCCGAGCACACACCAAGUCCCCGUUCGACCCGGACAACAAGCGAGUGAAGGGCUUUUACUGAGAGUGCAGCAGCGCGGGGCCGGCGAGCGGGUGCUGCAGACGCCAGGAUGUGGAGAGGGAAGAUGCCAUUAGGAGCUGCCAGCUGAAUUCCUGACCCCUGGAUGCCCCAGCUGGCUCCAGGGUCUGCUGGGAGAGCCAGGCAAGUGCCUGCAGUGAACUCAUCAAGAAAAUUUGGGUCAAAUUAGAGGGGAAGAGGAGGAAGAGAUUCCAAAAAGUCCAACGAUUUUAUUGCUCUGUUUUCUAAAUGAAGCAGUACCACUACAGCAAUAAUUCUUUUCCAUGGGUUAAUUGGCCUGAAAACAGUGUUUUGCUUGACUGAAAAUAAAGUAGUUUCAAUUUUUGACUUUGCUGGGAGCCCUUUCCCCCAAAACGUAGUUUCACGCUGCCUGGAAAUGAAUUUUUUUAACUAACUCUGCUGGUAAUACAGCUGUAGCCUCCGAACCUGCUGUCUCUCUGGUCCCUUGCUGCCCCUGUCCCUGCUCUGAUGGGUGUCACCUCACCCUGGCUGUGCCCUGGGGACCCGGUGCUGGGGUGGGAACACUCCUGGGGGCCAUGGGAGGAAGGGGCAGGAGGCCCAGGCUCUUGCCGUGGAUGCUCUGCCCACUGAAGGGUUCUUCUCCACCGUGGAAUUGUUGGCGUUACCCAGGGGGUUUCCAGGCAUGUUUUCCAUAUCUCUGCAAGCACAGGUUUGUCCCUUCAUCUCAUCUCGCCCUGGUCACAGCC